AUGGCGAUCAUAAGAGUGGGGCGUUGCAGAGACAAACCAUUCAUGAAAUUCGUCAAGUUUCUAGGUAAAGGUUCGUACGGCUCCGUCGAUCUCUACCGUCACACAAAACAAGACGGCUCAACCUCUUUCACCGCCGCCAAGAUCUCCUCCGACCAUCGAACGAUCGAAAGAGAGUUUCGAGUUCUCUCCCAACUCAAAGGAUCUCCUGGGAUCGUGCGAGUGUUAAGCCCUUCUCUUCACGAAGGCUUCGACUCUUUUGGAGACAGAGUCUACGAGAUGCCUAUGGAGUACGCGUCUGCUGGUUCUCUUUCCAGUUUCAUCCACCUUAACAAACAGUUAAGGGAUUCGACCGUCAAAGACUUUACUCGGAUGAUACUUCAAGGUUUGGUCUCGGUUCAUAGCCACGGUUAUGUCCACUGCGAUCUUAAACCGGAUAAUCUCCUUCUCUUCCCGGUUUACGAUCAGCAAACUUGGACUUACACUUACCAACUCAAGAUUGCGGAUUUUGGCUUGGCGUUGAAGGAAGGAGAGGAAGAAUCUGAUAACUGGGAUUACCAUUAUCCCUUUGUGGGAACUCCCUUCUACAUGUCUCCCGAGUCUGUCCGAGAUGGUACGGUCGAGAAAGCCCUAGAUUUGUGGUCUUUGGGUUGCAUUGUUCUUGAGAUGUACACUGGUAAGCGUCCGUGGUCAGAGUUUAAGAGUCUUUAUGAUCUUGAGGAUGUUUUGGCGGUGGAUAAAAGGGUACCUGAGAUUCCAGAUACUGUGCCGUGGGAUGCAAGGCAGUUUCUUGACAAGUGUUUCGCACUGAAACCUGAAGAUAGAGGAACCGCUUCUGAGUUGUUGUUGCAUCCGUUUCUGGUCGGAGAUGAUAAGAAGAUGGAGGAUGCCACUGUGGGCGCAGAUAUGGGGUUAAGCAUCAUAAAACCUCCGGCUAAGUUGGAAGAUAGUGUUACUACAAAGAAGGCAUUGAAAGUGAAGAUUGUUUCAUCGAAGCUCCCAUUCUUUAAGAGAGUAUCUAAUAAACCCCUGAAGCUGAAGAUUAUUCCUCCUAAACCUCCAAGUUCCACUUUUGUUCCCGUUCACUAG